UGCGCAAUUUCAGAGUUAGGGCUGUUAAACAAGACGAAUUUCUAAAGAGCACGUCCGCUUAAAGAAUUCCAGACGUCCUUUCUCUUUUAAAGACUUGCGUGUUUUUCUUGCCGCAUAUUAUUUUAGGAAUUGAAAAUGCCGUUUCUUGGACAGGACUGGCGGUCACCUGGUCAAAGCUGGGUUAAAACUGAGGAUGGUUGGAAAAAAACGACAAGAGAUGAUGACGAGACAAAUAAUAAUGUUUCUGAACGAAAGAGUAAAGAAGAGGAUAAUUACAAAGAGAAUUUGCUCCUCUCCAUGAAUUAUGAUGUGGCUGCAAAGAAGCGUAAAAAAGAUUUGCUGAACAACAACACAAAAAUUCCUUAUUUCCACAAGGACAAGUGGAUUUACGUUCAUAAAGGGAGCACCAAAGAGCGCCAUGGUUAUUGCACCCUGGGAGAAGCUUUUAAUCGCUUGGACUUCUGCAGUGCCAUCAAGGACACCAGACGAUUUAAUUAUAUUGUGAAGCUGCUGGAGCUGAUUGCCAAGUCCCAGCUACCCUCCCUGAGCGGUGUGGCGCAGAAGAACUACAUGAACAUUCUGGAAAGAGUCGUGCAGAAAGUCUUGGAGGAUCAACAGAACGUGAGGCCCAUUAAGGAGCUGCUGCAGACCCUGUACGUCUCGCUGUGCAGCCUGGUGCAGGACAUGGGCAAGUCGGUGCUGGUGGGAAACAUAAACAUCUGGGUACACCGCAUGGAAAACAUCCUGCGGUGGCAGCAGCAGCUGGACAACAUUCAGAUUAACAGGCCAACAAACACUGGGAUGACGUUCCUGGACCUGCCAGCGAGUCUGCAGCUGAAUAUUAUGCACCGGCUGUCAGAUGGGCGGGACCUGGUCAGUCUGGGCCAGGUGUGUCCUGACCUCGGUGUACUGGCUGAAGACCGGCUACUAUGGAAGAAUCUCUGCCAGUACCACUUUACAGACCGACAGAUUCGCAAACGUCUAAUGGUAUCAGAUAAGGGGCACCUGGAAUGGAAAAAGAUGUACUUCAAACUGUGCCGGUGCUACCCUCACAGAGAGCAGUACAGUGACACCCUGCAGUUCUGCACCCACUGCCACAUCCUGUUCUGGAAGGAUACAAACCACCCCUGCACAGCGAACAACCCAGAGAGCUAUAGCCUUUCCAUGUCCCCGCAAGGUUUCAUCAACCUCUUCAAGUUCUGAUGGGACAUCGUUUGCUUUCACUGUAUGUACAUAGUGUAUAUAAUAUCAAAAGUGCAAUAGGUUCCUUGAUGGUUUGAGACAGGUUCAGGGAUGCAUGUCAGGGUGGGAUAUUCCAUUAUGUUGUAAAGAAUUUUGGAAGUUUGGGGGGGGGAGAAUGGGAUUAUGAAUGUGAAAGAAAAUAAGGAUAUGAUUUGGGAGAGUCAGAAUGUAAAUUUAAUUUGUUGUAGGUAAAGUGCAUUAAAUGUAUUUUGUGGGCCUGAGCAUAUUUUCCUUGAAGUAAACAUACUUUGCCUCGUGUGAGCAACUUGCAUUAAAAGUUGCCCUUAUGAUGUAAAGACGUCCUGAUGAUUCUCAACUACAGAUAGCAAUGUACGAGAUUCUGUUGGACUGUUACACGUUUGCUUUUCUGAAAACAUGGGGAGUAGGUGUGUUUACCAAAGCUGUCAUGAUGCAGUGCAAUACUUUUCUAAGUACUUUUUUUCCACUUUUUAUACAUUUGAUAUUUUCAGAGUUUGUUUUAAGUAUACAUGUUGGAGUAACUACAAUAAGAAUAAAUACUUGAUUAUAACCUGCUCUACCACUAAAGUGUACUCGUGUUUAAAGUGCCUUAAUCUCACUGAUCAAAUAGCAGUGUAAAAAGUGCACAUGACAAUGAUGUCAUUUACUAGUAGCCUGCUAGAACGUGUUAGCACUUCAUUGCAACAUAGUAUGUGGUGUGAAUUUUCACAUUUUCUGAAUACUUUAAUGACCAUAUGCAUGUUAUGAAUUUGAUACCAAAGAGGUUUGUAACUUUCUUGGCUUAGUGUGUUAUUCUGACCAGGAGAAUAAAAUACUUUUGUUGUACACUG